AGGAGGGCAGUAACAGAGUGGUGCCGGCGACGGCCUUGUGUGUGUUCUGUUAGAGUGGAGUUGGUCACGGAAUGAUGUUCGGGCUGUGUAUCCAUCCCGUAUGGACUCGGACAUUGAUCAGGAGGUGGCUUCACCAGGAGAUGCUGCUCUGGCUAUUCCUCAAGCUGCUGGCUCUGGGGACUGUAGUGGCGUUGUUCUGUGAGCUGGGCAUUUACUAUGCGGUGAUCUUCAGAUGUGACUGGCCUCCCCUUAAAGCACAAGCAGAACCGCAAGGAUCCUCCGAACCAGUGCUGAAGGCUUUGUUCCUGGCUGAUACACAUCUCCUGGGAGCUCUGAGAGGACACUGGCUCGACAAACUGAGAAGGGAAUGGCAAAUGGAGCGUGCUUUUCAGACUGCCUCGUGGUUUUUUGAACCAGAUGUUGUGUUCGUUCUUGGUGACCUGUUCGACGAGGGGAAAUGGAGCUCACCAGAGGACUUCAAAGAUGAUGUGAAGCGUUUUCAGAUGAUGUUCAGGCACUUGUCCAGCACAGACUUGUUUGUGGUUGCAGGGAAUCAUGAUAUUGGCUUCCAUCAUGAAAUGGACUGGUAUAAACUGCAGAGGUUUGAGGGAGUGUUUAACUUCACUUCUGCAAAAGUGGUGACUAGAAAAGGAAUAAACUUUGUUCUGGUGAAUAGCAUUGCUUUGCAAGGAGAUGGUUGUUCCAUCUGCGCGAAAGUAGAAAAUGAUCUUCAGCAACUGUCCUUGGCAUUAAACUGUUCCCGACAGCUGGAUCCAAGCCAUUCCAAUGAGAAAUGUAAAGAAAAGGAGAUAUUUCCACCAUCUGCUCCCAUCUUACUCCAGCAUUAUCCUCUCUAUCGUGUCAGCGAUGAGGAGUGUACAGGCGAAGACUCUGCGUCUCCUGAGGAGAAACGGUUGCUGUUCCAGGAAAAGUAUGACACACUGUCUCUUGAAGCUACCAAAAAGCUGCUUUGGUGGUUCCGUCCUCGGCUGAUCCUUAGUGGCCACACUCACAGUGGCUGCACGGUGCUACAUGAUGGACAGCUGCCAGAGAUCAGUGUCCCAUCCUUUAAUUGGAGGAACCGCAACAAUCCCAGCUUCUUUCUGGCCAGUAUAACUGCAACAGACUUUACACUCGCCAAGUGUUUUAUGCCACGUGAAAGCACGGUCAUUACUGUUUAUCUUGCUGCAGGUAUCAUGGCUAUCAAUCUUCUGUUGUUUCACGUCCAUUUCUGGCAGUGGCUGAUGCACUAUUUAAUCGACAAGCACAAAUCUACUUGAUAAAAGAGAACUGGCCUAAAUUGCAGCUAUUUUUAGAUUUGGAGGUCUGCAGAUCUCCUGAUUCUGUGGGAGAUGGCAUUUGGAUAUUCUUAGCAUUCUGAGAAAAGCAACUAUUUUUGAAUAUAACGUGAAAUUCUUUUGAAGGCAACAGGUUAUAAUGUACAUCUUAAUGAUGAGAAAUGAGCGACUAUUCCUGGUUAAGCAAAUUGCAUUAAAAGUGUCCGUAAGAAGUUAAUGAGAACGCUGAUGUGGCAGAUCUACCUUGAGUAGCUCGCUUUGCAAAGGAAAGGGCUUUCCCACUGAACUCAUUCCAUGAUCCAGUGUAGAGCAGGAACCUACAGUAUCUUCAUACCAUCACUUGAAGUGUUUACAAAAAUAAAUUAUUUAAUUUAUUGGAAUCUCAGCAUAAAAUAGAAGUAAUAUUCAUGUGAAGUCAAUUUCUGACAUUUUUAUUUAUACUUGAGGGAGUUAGCUCUCACUCUGAAUUGUGGCCCUAACACAGCAGAUUGUAUUUAAAUUGUGGCAGUGAACUAAUGGUAAGUUGAUUCGACUGUGGGAGAGUGAAUGAAUAUUUCCAGUAUAUAUAAUAACUGAGUGCUUAUUAAUACAUUUUUGCCAAAGUGUAAACUGAUUGUAUAAAAUCACAGUUAGAUGGCUUUCGAUGUGGUUAAAUGAGCUGUCCUGCUCAGAUAUUGUUGUUGACCGGAAGUUACAAAUAAACAGUUUACAGAUAAAACUACACAUGCCCAAAAUCCUAUGAUAGAUAGCAGGUCCAGCAAUGGGACAUUCAGUGGUCACUGAUUCUGCAGCCAUUUACACACACACACACUCACCCAGACAAAUAUAGUUGCUGCAUUAACAAGAGCACAGAAACAUUUAUUUUGCUUCACUACUCUAUGCCACUAUUCCAUUAUCAUAAAAAUCAUAGAAUCUCCACAGUGUGGAAGGCGGACAUUCAGUCCAUCCAGUGCACAACGACUUUCCGAAGAGCAUCCUACCUAAACCUACCCUACCCCUGUGUAGGCGUGUUUUUCCCAAACGGGGACAAAGACUCAGGAGGCAGGCAGGAUUCAUGCAAGUGGAAGAUGUUUAUUCAAGCAGAAAGCGGUUUAUGAAGGGAGAGGGCUAAAGUAUUUUCCUUGAAUGUGGCUUCAGAAGAUAGAUCAAUGACACCCCACUGCUUUGAUAAAGAAAGACAGCAUUUUUAUACAUUAUGUGUUACAGUAAUCAAAUACAACGUAGUUACUUGUCCUUCCCUCUAAUCUAAACACCCAAUCUUGUGGCACACCUAAUCAAUGAUAGACAGCCCAGGUUCCCAUGAUCUUAUGGGGUCUGCUUGACAUUGUAAUCUCUAGGCUUUGGGUUCUUCCUAUGCAUCCUAUUCAUUCACAUUCCAAAAGUUUAAUGGCUAUACUCCUUCGGGUCUUUCUCAGGCUGGUUUAUAUGUAAGGACAGUUCAAAUUCUGUUACCCACUGUAUUUUGGUGCUGUCUUUUAUCACAUUCGGUUACUCCUUUUAUUUUCCCACUGUCCCAAUUACAUAGUGUAAAAAUAAAAUGUCAAUUAGUUUUAAUUAAUUGCUAUAGAUUAAGUUCUGUUACAAAGUUAAUUAUAAAUGUGAUGUUAUAAAACUACUACUACUGUUAGCAUUUUGUAAUUUAUGGGUUGUGAGCAAUCUGUCUUGAUCACGGCAUAAGAGAAGGAGUCUCCUAAGGCUAGUUAAUCUUUACAUCUAAUCUUAAAUGUUUUUAAAAGGCGUGUAUUAUAUCUUGGUUAUGUAUUGAAAUGAACUUCUAUGAUUAGAGUAUUUUUAGCUAGAAACUAUUUAAUAUUGCUGGUAGCUUCAAAGAGGCAACUAUUUACGAUGAAAUAACUUUAGCCGUUAUCCUUGCAGCUGCUUGAGGACCUAAUCAAGCACCUGAUGUUAUUCAUUUACUGGGACAACCACCCUUUCAUUAAUAAAGCUGGAAUUAGUCAUUUAUUUGUCCUAAGGCGUCCUUUUAUCAGAACUGUCUCAGGUGGGAACAUACGGCGUUCCUUUACUGACCUUCUAGCAGUUCUGUUCAAAGGUACCAUAGUAUUUCAGUGUGUGAGCAGGUUGCUUAGUUUUUCUUAGCUUCUGUGUGCCAUCUUAUAAGCAGGCAUGGGCCACUUAGUGUGUUCAGGUACAAGCCACCUUACAUAGCCAGAUACAGGUCACCCCUACAACCCGUAACACUGUAUUUAUAUUCCACACAAGCCUUGUCCUCCUAUACGUCAUCGAAGACUAUCAGCAUAUUGUUCUGCUCCUUUCUCCCUCACGUUUAUGUCAAUUUCCCCUUAAGUACCUCAGUCAGUUCCUGUGGUAAUGAGUUCCACAUUCUAACCAUUUUUAAGUAGAGAAAGUUUUCCUGAAUUGCCUAUUAGAUUCAUUACUGAUAGUCUUCUAAGGCCACUAGUUCAGGUCUUCUGCUAAAUUGGAGACACCCUGUCUUCCCUGUGAAACCUUUUAAUUAUCCUGGUGUACAGAAUGUUAACAUGAAAGUUGGUAUCUCCAGCCCUCGCAGAACCUGAUAGCACACAGUGAUCAGAAUCAAGGUGAGAUCUUUCACAACUCACAGCCCUGUUGUUUUGAUUUUAUUAUCUUCAUGAACUGCAGAGAUGCCAAGGGCAGAGAUUCAAAGAGUUAUGAUACGUUUUUAUCAUCAAUUGUUCUUGUAUAGGGCAAACCCAAAAGGGUGGAGUGAUGCUGGGCAGGAGGUUGCUUGCUGUUCCCCACUCAGUAACUCGGGCUUAGCGGAUGUUGUUGAAAGAAAUCUCACAGCACAAUUUCGAUCUCUUCACAAUCGAAGGGAGGCAACUCUUCAUUUUAUUUUGCCCCAGACACGCACAUUCCUUUUAACUGGUUUGCAGUGAUUUAAUAACCUAGCUGUUCACUCUUUUAUCUGUAAGUGCAUUUUUUUAAACCUGAAAUUGUCUACACCUGUAUAGACCUUAUUAUGUAAGCAGGACAGCUUCUUUAACCGAGAAAUUUAUGUAAGCAGAAUGGUUCUAACAUUCCAUUAAACAACUGUGUUUGAUGAGAGUGUAUGCUGACCAAACCCAUGAUGAUGUUCCAGUUUAGUUGGAAUCGGCUAUUGUGAAACUUUGAGAAGCACAAUGCACCAAUUUUUUUGUUCAAUAGGAAUUCACCAGCAUCAGGUCCAUCUGUUCAAGUGUACAAGUUCAGCUUUUAUGAAAAGCACACUUUUUUGAGUCAUGGUGUAAUAUUUGAGCAGCUGUAUUAUUGGAUCAGACUCUGUGGCCAGUGUGUAAAUUUCACUCUCUUCACAACAUGUGAGCUGCACAUUGGAAGCUAAAGACUAACAGCUUCGAGCCAAGAGGACAUACCCUUUCUAAAAGUGAUUUGCCAAAUCAAAUUCCACUCCAAAUGUCGUUUCCUUUUAAACUGCAAGCAAAUAUCUCAAGUGCAUUGGAGCUGAUUUUUGAGAAGAGGUUAUUUGGGUAUCCAGGCUGUGUGAUUUUUCUGGCCAGUGAUGUUAUUACCUGGAGCUGGGUAACAGUUCCAUAGUGAUGGUGGCCUCUUGUUUUUGCAAGUGGCCAUUCUCCUAGUCUGUAGAGCGCUGCACAAGACAGCCAACCCUGACUGUGUUCUUUUAAAGAUUGAGAGGCCAGCAGCAGCAGGAAGCUAGCAAACCCACCCCUCCCCCUCCCCCUCCCCCCCCCCCUCCCCCUCCACUACUACCUACAGAGAGUGGAGUUGUCUGUGGUAACCUAGGUCUAACUGAGUAUCAGUUGAGAUGUGGAGCUGUCUGGAGCCCAGGGCACAACACUUGCUCGCCAAACCCAUCAUGAUGUUCCAGUUUAUUUGGAAUCGGCUAUUGUGAAACUUUGAGAAGCACAAUGCACCAAUAUUUUUGUUCAGUAGGAAUUCACCAGCAUCUCUUUGAGUGUAUAGUGAAAUAUAUGAAAGCUAGUUAACAGGAAAGAGAAUUUCCAAAAUCCUGGUGAAUGCUGUAUUGACAUGUGAUUCCAAUGUAACAAAGUGCCAAAGUCUGCAUUGAUAUUUGGUUAAAUAAAUAAUUAUCUGGGAAAAAAAA